GUUUGAGUGUUCACCCAAAGUCAAUGUCGGAGCAACUGAGCCAGCCACUGCUCAGCGACCACGACGACGACGACGGCGACCACAACGGCCAUCACGGUGGACGUGCAGCGUCGGUCGGACAGUGGUCUGACAGUUCAGCGGCAGCGUCUGCAGCGCUCUUGUCACCAGCGCAGCUCGACCGGCUGCGGGAGUCGUUUGGCUCUGGUUCUGUGGCACUGGGCGACCCGGCCGCGGACGACGACGACGGGGAUGACGAGGAUGACGACGAUAGCCAUCACAACCAGGGCCAUGAGUAUGGCUACAACACCCACACAAGCGCUCGUGCAGAUGUGGCUGCUGGCGCAGGAGACGCAACUCGCGACGAAACCGCUGACGCUGCUACUGCUCGCGCUGUGCCACUGCCAGCCACUGCUACAGGAGGCACUCCAAGUCGGACGAUGCACACCGCCGAAGAACUCAAGCAUCAAGAAGCCAUGGCAGGCUCAAGGCCGCAAAUCAGGCACCAACAGAGCGCUGGAUCGCUUGCAUCGCUCACUCUCAGUGCUGCUGGUGCUGCUGGUGCUGCUGGUGCUGCUGGUGCUGCUGGUGCUGCUGGUAGUACGAAAAGCCAAAGAUCGUCUGUUGGAGCAUUCCAGACAUCAUCGGCACACACAAGCAGGCCGCCGUCCGGCAGUUGGAGUGGCUACAGCUUUGGUCCGGCGGAUGACUCAAACUCGAGCAGCGACCUUCAUCAAGCUACGUCCACGACGUCGCUACUGGGACACCAAGACAGCACAGGCAGGUCCAGGUCGCUCAAUACGAGUGGAUCGUCGUCAUUCCGUGCCCGUUUCUUCCGCAGGGCCGGCGAGAGCAGCAACCGAUCGAUGACUUCCGAGGGCAGCCACGGACCAGUGUCGUUUGCUCGUUCACUCCUUCGCAAUGCUGACGAGAGCGACGACCUCUUUGGUUACAAUGCAGACGGAUACAAUCCACUCGCUACUUCGGGUGUUUCGCAAGAAGAGGCUGCGCCUGGAGGCUUGAGCGAACCAAAGCAAGGACUGACGCAAGCGCACGGUCCAACCCAUCGAUACUACUGGGACUUUCCAGAAAGCUGGGAAAGGAAGCUGCAAUGGUUUGACGAUCCCAUCAUCAAAUUCUGCCAGGGCGUUGGACUGGGCAAACCCUUCUUUUACUUGAAUAUUGUGGCGUUAGCAUUAACGGCUAUUGAAAGCGGUAUUGCUCUCCCGUUCGUCUUGUACAUGCUCGGCAAAGAUGCGUGCGCCACCCUUGCCACGUUUGUGAUCUUGCUGCUGUGCACCGUUUCCCAAAUUCCCAAGCGUUUCAUUUGGCGAUAUCGCCCGUACAUGGUCGAUCGAGCCGUCAAGGUGCGUCUUGAUUUGACGUCCUCAUUUCCGUCGCGCGCCGUCACAUGCGCCGUGGCCUAUACCUAUUUGGUAUUCGCGCUUGUUAACGACAACGCCGGUCGCGAUAUUAUUGACAUGGAGCCGUGGAUGUAUCCAGUCAUCCUUUUAGCUGCACUCUGCCUGGGAUUCUCUCGCGUCAAUUUUGGUGCGCAUUAUCCGUCGGAUUGCGUCGUUGGCUUUUUCCAGGGCGCACUCUGCGUGUUGCUCGGCGUGGGCUUUUACAAGCUUGAUAUUGCAACCUGCACCAGCUGUCAACAGAACGCGUGCUAUGCCAAUAUCAACAAUUCCGACCAAGUCAUGACUUGGUCCCAUCUCGAAAACCUCAACUACAUCAUCAUCUUGGCGAGCUCAACCAUCGGCUUGGGAAUUACCAUUCUCGUCAAUCUCAAACCACUGGAAUUCUGGUCCAAGUGCCAGCAUGUAUUUGGCAUUCUCUUUCCGUGCAUUGUUUUCAAAACCUCCUUCUUGUGUCCGCCGUAUUCCAACGAUCGCUCUGCGCUUCCGUUGACUGGCGGUGCGCCAUGGUACACGUACAUCAUGGCCAUCUUCUCCGCACUCGUAAUCACGGUUAUUGGCAUGAAAAUCAAGGGCAGUCUGCGAUCUAACAUCAUUGCGUACUGCGUCAUGUUCACGCUGACGUUUAUGAUUUUGUUUGCUUGGCGACUGUCUCGCUUGUAAAAUUUGUGUUCACAAUCCCCAUCUCGUUUUGACCUC